UUCGACCGGCGACGCAUUUGUUGCCGCAUCCGCUUCUUCCUGUGUUUUGUGUUAGGUGAGAUAUCAAUACAGGGUAGUUUCGAUAAAGCAAAUUUUGUGAUUAAAGUUAUCACUUGUUGUUAAUGUGGAAUAAUGGAACUUGGCCUGGGGCUCCUACUGGACAGCAGGAGUCCCAGCUGACAUACCUGCAGCAGCAGGCGCAGCAGUACUCCCAGGCGGGGGCGGCCACCAUGUACGGCGGCCAGCAGGCCUGGCCAGUCACUCCUAACCAGCAGUGGCUGCAGUGGGGGCAGAUGUAUGGGAACUUCAUGCCCCCUUCCAUGCCCCCUCCAUCGAUGGUCACUCAUCCAGUAGGGGCUAUGUAUGCCCCAACCCCCACUGCAGUCCCCCCCAACCCCACACCACUCCCCGCUCAAGCUCCCGCUCUUCCUCCACCAUCUGCCAGCUCAGGUCCUACCAAUGAAACUACUUCAGUAGUUCCACAAAAACCUGAAGAGCCCAUAGAAGAAGAGGAGCCAAUGCCUGAGCUGGACGAGUCACAGGACGCUGAACUGAAGGAGUUUGACGAGCAGUUCCGUGGGUGGGAGGAUCAGUUCAACCAGUGGAAAAAGGAUAAUGCUGACCAUCCUGACAAGGAGGCCCUCACCAAGUAUGAGGCUGACUGGAACAAAUGGCGUAAGCAGCUGCUGGAGCAGCGGGACUCCAUCAAGGCUGCUAAGCUUAAGGAAAUAAAAGAUAAGCACCAGCAAAUGCUGCAGAAAAAGAAGGAACAUAAAGAAAAACUUGAUAAACAACGCCUGGAAGCUGAAGCUCUCAAACAACAGCAGCAACAACAGCAGCAGCAACAACAGCAGCAGCAGCAACAACAGCUGCAGCAACAACCUCCACAGCAGCAGCAGCAUCCUUAUUAUGGAGCCUCAGCGACGGCAGCUCCAGCCACGAACUACAACUACCCAAGGUCUCAGUAUCCUGGCAUGGGGGGUGAUACUCCCUAUGUCAAUUUCUCCAAACCCCCACCAGGAGCUGGGGGUGAUCACUCCAACACCUCCACACUCCCUCCCCUCCCACCUUCCGAUGCCGCACCAGUAAAUAUUGCUCGACCCCCUCCUGGGUUUGCGGGGGGGCCAGGGGCCCUACGAGAUGAAGGAGAUUUUGGAGGAAAACGGACUCACGAUCCCUACACUGGGGACGAGGACCCUAGCAAUGAAGGGGACAGGUGUGCCAAAAUUCAAAAGUUUGGCGGGGUUGAUGAGAGGUCACAACCUCCCGAGGGUUAUCCCAAGCAUAUUGCCCAUCUGUCUCCAAAGAGGGAUGAACAAAAGGGUCGGUUUGAUGGAUAUCCUGACCAAUUUGGAAGGACUUCCGGACCACCUCCACAUGACAGGACUCCCAUUAAUGAAGGGUUCGCAGAUGCUUAUAGACGUCAAGGGUUAGAGGGUCCUGGGGAUCACGAAGGUUCGUUAAGCCAUGGGGGGUUGAGUGGGCAGAAACGCUUCGAAGACUGGGAUGAACGAAUCGAUGGCGGUGAUGCUGCAAGAGGUCCGAGAAGAGCUGUGGAUCUUUCUUCAAACGCAGACCGAGAUCUGCGACGUCCUCCGAUAGCACCUUCGGGGCUCCCUUCGCCAUCAGGAAGGUUUGGGGGAGGUGAAAGCUCUUUUCACGAAUCAGUGAGAGGUGAAGGAAUGGGAAUGCAGCCCGAUUUUGACUCGACGCGAGGCCCCACUUUGCGAGAUCGCCUUGGGUCCCCAAGAGAACCAGGAAGAGACAGUAAAUUUGGUCCCGAUAGUCGCCUGGGAGAAUAUGGUAGAGAUCUUGGGUCUGGGGGAAUUUCGAAAGGAUUUGAUGAUGGCUCAAUGGGACCUCCAAGAGGAUUCAGUGACGAUGGUCGUCCCUUGGGACCUCCAAGAGGAUUUGGUGACGACAGCCGACCUUUGAGACCUAGAGGAUUUGAUGCCGACGGCCGUCCCUCGGGACCUCCAAGAGGAUUUAAUGCCGACGGCCGUCCCUCGGGACCUCCAAGAGGAUUUAAUGACGACGGCCGUCCCUCGGGACCUCCAAGAGGUUUUAAUGACGACGGCCGUCCCUCGGGACCUCCAAGAGGUUUUAAUGACGGCCGUUCCUCGGGACCUCCGAGAGGAUUUAAUGACGACGGCCGUCCCUCGGGACCUCCGAGAGGAUUUGCUGACGACGGCCGACCCUGGGGGCCUCCAAAAGGAUUCGAUGGAGACAGCCAUCCCUUGGGACCACCAAAGAGUUUCGGUGGAGGCAGUGAUGCCACUGGAGCAAGGGGACUGGUGGGUGACCGAGGGAGGCCAAGCGCUGGUGGUAGCAAGGAACAGAAAGAUGAUGAAGUUGAAGAUGACGACUAUGCUGCGUUUCUGAGAGCCCAAGAAGAAUUCGACCGCUUCAAGCAAGGAAGUCCAGACGAUGAGGAGGAAGCAUCGUUCCCUUCUAUGGAAGGUUCCUCAAGGAAUCCUCUGAAGGCAGGAGAUGGCGGUUGGGAUGAGGGUAGGGGUUCAGGCAGAGGAAGGCCAGGACCUGAUGCAAGAUCUGAAAGGGGUGGCUUUGGGCCCAAUGCAGGACGUGGACGAGGCGGAUUUGGACUAGAUCUUGAUCGCCGUCCAGAAAUAGGACCUGAAAGUGGUGGUCCAGGACCUGAUGUAAGAUCUGGAAGGGGUGGCUUCGGACCCAAUGUAGGACGUGGACGAGGCGGAUUUGGACUAGAUCUUCAUCGCCGUCUAGAAAUAGGACCUGAAAGUGGUGAUCCAGUACCAAAUAUUAGACCCGGGAGAGGUGGAUUUGAACUAGGCAGAGGACGUGGGGUGGAAAUCGGUCAUGGAAGGGGUGAUUUCCGGCCCGAUUUGCGCCCUGGACGUGGCUCUUCUGUACCUGAUAUAGGACCUGGCAGAGGAAGGCCUGGGCUGGAAUUUGACCGUUCUAGAGGAGGGCGCGCUUCGGGUUUUGACUCCCCUCAGAUAGGACUCAGGGACAGAGAUGAGCCUUUCCGCGGCAGGGGACGUGGAACUUUUGAAAACCAGCCAAACUUUGACGGAGGGCCUUUGGGAACUGGUCGGAUCAGUGAGGAUAUGCGAAGGUCGCCCAGUUUUGCAGAUCCUUCCUCAAGGGGCCGUUGGAGUCAAAAUUUCGGAGACAGCUUCUCGAGAGGUCGAGGUCAUCAUAUCGGAGAUGGCGGUCGUGGUAUCGUGUACUCCCCCACGUCUGAUGGACUCGCCCCAGACGAGGAUAACAUCCAGGUCAUGGAUAUGGACUUGGAUUCAAAGAGUAACAAUGGUGACGAGGAUCUCAGGGAUGGUGAUUCUGGGGGUAGACGAGGGUUCCCCGUUGCCGACGGUUCCCGCUUCGGGAGCUCUCCUAUUUCUGGGGAUCCUAACUCGAGGUUUGGCCCUCAUGGAGAGCAGCCUGGUCGAGGACGAUGUUUUUAUCCGACUGAGGAGGAAAGGAAAUUCGAUGAAUUAAGUGGCAGGGUACGUGAGGAUUUUCUUCCCGGUGGCAUGGGACGUGGAGAUUUCUUUCCCGGUGGCAGGGGUCGUGGGGAUUUCCUUCCCGGUGGCAGGGGACGUGGAGAUUUCUUUCCCGAUGGUAGGGGACGUGGGGAUUUCCUUCCCGGUGGCAGGGGACGCGGGGACUUUGCUCCUGAUGGAAGGCGUGGAGAUUUCCUUCCCGGUGGCAGGGGACGCGGGGACUUUGCUCCUGAUGGAAGAGGACGCGGUGAAUUUCCUCCCGGUGAGGGCUUUGGUCGUGGAAGAGACCACCCUUACGGACACGUGGAUGCAGAUGACCGCACUGCUUUUGCCGAUAGGGGUCGCGGAGGACCCUCAGUUCGGGGUCGUGGCCGAGGAGAAGACGUAGAGGGUCGGCUGUUCAUGGCUGGUCGUGGCGGCGACAUGGACGAUAGGGGCCCAUAUCCUUUGAUGGACGAAGGACUGCGCGGUCCAGGAGGACGGGGAACGGAAGGUCCCGGAGGACGGGGAAUGGAAGGCCCUGGAAGACGAGGAGUGGGAAGAAUUGAAGGCCCUGGAGGACGAGGAAUGGGAGGCCCAGGCGGACGGGGAAUUGACGGCCCAGGAGGACGGGGAAUGGAAGGACCAGGAGGACGGGGAAUGGAAGGCCCAGGAGGAUGGGGAAUGGAAGGCCCUAGAGGACGAGGAGGCACAGGAGGACGUGGAAUGGGAGGCCGUGGUGGAUGGGGAGUGGAAGGUCACGGAGGACUGGGAAUGGAGGGCCCUGGAGAACGAGGAGUAAGAGGCCCAGGAGGACGGGGAAUGGCUGGCCCCGAAGGACGAGGAGUGGAAGGCCCUAGAGGACAAGGAGUGGGAGACAGUGGGCGGGAUAUGUACGGCCCUGGGGAAAUUGGACGACCAAUGAAUGGUCCUGGGGGACGAGGGUGGGAUAUGGAUGGCCCUGGAGAACGCGGACGAGAUUUGGACGGACCAGGUAGAUGUGGACUGGGUGCGGAUGGCCCUGUGAGACAUGGACGGGAAAUGUUCGGAUCAGAAGGAUUUGGACGGGGAAUGGGAGGCCCAGGAGGGCGAGGAGUGGAAGGUCCAGGAGGGCGGGGAAUGGGAGGCCCAGGAGGGCGGGAAAUUGAAGGUCCUGGAGGACGGGGAAUGGAUGGCCCUAGAGGCCGUGGUAGAGGAAUUGAUGGCCCCGAGGGACGGGGAAGAGAAAUAGACGGUCCUGGAGGCUGGCGACCGGAAACGGUGUCCCCUGGAAUUCGUGGGCGUGCAAUGGACGUCUCCGGGGGACUGGGACGAGGGUUCGAUGAAACUCUACGCUGUCUGGUGGACGCAAAUGGACGCCGAAUAUCGGAAGGUGGCCGAGGACGGGGAACUGAAUAUGGACCAGGGUUCCCCAGCCCUCGAAGGCUGAGCUCCCCUAGAGGUAGGGGAAGGUUCGGGGGAGAAAGAGACCCUGAAGUGAUCCUAGAGUACGAAGACUCGGGGAGGGGCCGGUAUAGGGGGAGAGGAGGAGCUGGCCCUCCCCCCACCAAGCGGAGCCGCUUUGAAGACGAAACCCCUGUUAACAGG